GACUUGCUACCGGGGAAUAAUCUCGUUGACUUGGAAUAUGCAGAUGAUAUAGUCCUUCUAGGCGAGGACGCUGACAAAAUGCAGAGUCUUCUAAACACCUUGAGCUGCAAUCUACGAAUGUUUGGCAUGCGAUUCGCCCCCGCCAAAUGCAAGAUGAUGUUACAGGACUGGACUACAUCGACGCCUAGUUUAAAAAUAGGAAGUGAAGUGGUAGAGCACGUUGACCGCUUCACUUAUUUGGGAAGUACCAUCAGCCCCAACGGGCUGAUCUCUGACGAAAUCUCAGCACGAAUACAAGGGGCUCGUUUCGCAUUUGUUAGUUUACGCCGACUCUGGCGUAGACGAGAUGUUCGACUAUCGACCAAAGGGCGGGUGUACUGCUCAUCAGUCCGCUCCGUCCUCCUUUAUGGUUGUGAGACCUGGCCACUGAGAGUGGAAGACAUGAAAAGACUAGCUGUCUUUGAUCAUAGGUGCCUGCGUUCUAUUUCCCGUGUAAAGUGGCAUAAUAAGGUGAGCAACAUGGAGGUUAGGCGUAGAGUUCUAGGUAAACAGGGGAAAUCAAUCGACGAAGUCGUGAAGCUACAAAGACUGAGAUGGUUAGGACAUGUGUUACGUAUGCCAAGUCAUCGCCUCCCUCGACGAGCAAUGUUAGCGGAUAUAGGGUCAGGCUGGAAAAAAGCUAGCGGCGGUCAAACAAAAACUUGGCAUCAGUCAAUGAAAUCCACAACAGUUGGUCUAAGCCACGUAGGAAGGUGUAGACUUCCAGGCUGGGGUCCUCGGGACGGUAAAAAUCUAUGGUUGGAAACA